AUGUUUUCACGCCUUGCCCUCGUCUUCAUCAGCCUACCGGCGGGCUUCGGGCAUUGGUGUGAGAACCGCCGUCAGGACAAUUUGAAACUCUGGUGUGCUGCAGCGGCCGGCGAUGUCCUUAAGGCGCAGAGGUUGAUCCACGAGGGUGCCGACCCCAAUGAUGGAGAUGCCUGGGAUAAGACGCCACUGAUUUACGCCGCCGAGACGGGUGAGUUGCAUGUCGUCUCUCUACUUUUAGCCAAUGGCGCCAAUGUCGAGGCGACAGACUGGUGGGGGCACACAGCGUUGAUGCGGGCAGCCGAGUCUGGCAACCUUCAGAUACUGCAGCGACUGGUCCGCCAUGGCGCUUGGUUCGACCCCUGGAUGUUGGACGACUCCAAGGGAGGCGCACCUUUUUGGAUCGGGAUCAAGGACGAGGCGACGCAGAAGUGGUGGAGGUCCCACAUGACGACUGCCUCUCUAGUGACGGGGACGCUUCUCAACUACAAGACGUACGCCUCCGUCUUCAUCGGCGCUCUCCUCGCACUCCCCCUGGUGCUUGGCGCCCGGUAUUUCAGGGGCCUCCCACUCUACAGGUCCGACUGCAAAAUCCCGAGCUACUUGCCGGUCGACAUGAACCGGAAGCGCGGCUACUUUGUGGGCGCAAAGCUGAUCGUCGGCAAAGUGCACAGGUCGGCGAUCCACUCCAUGGCGAUCCUAGGCUUCCGUGCGCUUGAGGCGGUCGUCAACUUGGUCGGCAUCCUGGGCUGCGGGAUGAUGGUGGUCUGGUGGCGCUACUGGCUGCCUCUUGUGUGCUUCACGUACCUCGGCCCUGCCAUGUAUAGCUUCCCAAAGCUGGCCCUCGCAAAGCCGAUUCUCGUCAUGGCCGUUCAAGGUCCGCUGACAGCUCUCAUUGCCUUGCUCCGCGUCUUUCUGCUGUGCUUGGUUGCUGUGAUGGUGUGGAAGGACUACCGAAUCCGCCAUCCGGACCUGAGCUCGUCGAUGCAGCUUGGCGCCUCUGAAUCGAUCUGGACCUUUCUCACAAACCCCAUGCAGGAGCAGGUGCAGGUGAAGAUGCAUUCGGCCUGGACCGAGACUUCCAUUCCUCAGCAGGCGGCGUUGGGCCGGAUUCUGGAGUUCUUUGCCUCGGCGGUGGUGGGCUUGACCUCCUUCUACGCAACAUGCCUGGUCUUGUACCUGCUGUGCAUUGGCUUGUCACAGAUCGCCUGCCGCCGGCAGAAGUCGACAGAGGCCGCUGUGCGUGUGGACGCAGACAGCAGCUUCCAGGACACCUUGGGCCAAGUGAUGGCGGCCUUACCAGAAGAAAGGAGCUGGCCCCAUGAGGCCCGGCCGGAGGUGUGCUGCCAGGCCUCCAGGUUGUUUGACAGCUUGGCCGUGAAGCUUUCCCUUCAUGUGCUGGCCGUGGUGAUGGAUCUCAUCACAAUCUUCACCAUGGCCUCCGCGCGAAGCUACUUCUUGAGCCUGGCCCUCACCUGUGUCCUUGCCCGGGCGAUGGUGCAAGAGAUGUUCUACGGAAACCCGGUGAAGAUCAGAGAGGCCGUCCUUCAAAGCGCACUGCGGGGUAUCCUUCGCGAGGACCUGAUGCAAGUUUUGGAGGAGAAAGCCGUCGUGAGCGCACAGAGUCUGGCUCUGACAGCCUACAGCUUGUACUUCUGCGUGCAGGUACCGUUCCAAGCCUAUGCCUUGCUCGUCAGCAUGGCCUUGAGCGUGUACACGGUGGGGGGCUUCCUCUACGAGCAGAUCGACCUGAACCUGGUCGAAGGCGGCGAACCCAACUUGCCUGCGGCUGGGCGCGCGAUCGUCUCACUGUAG